AUGGAACCUAGAAGGAUAUUCUUCUUCCUUGUUGGACUGCUGGUGUGUGAAGGGUUUGCACAAGGUAGCCCUGUUGCCACAAUGCCACGCUCUGCUGGAAGACUAAAGCGGAGAGCUCCAUCUAUGGACAUCAAUGAUGUACCCACCUACCCAACAGUCACUGAAUAUUUGCAAAGCUUACAGAGAAACCCUGAAAUGUUCAACAACCUGAAUUUACCACGGCAGUGGCUCUACAACCCGCUGAACCUACCGUUCAACCCAGUCUAUCUGCACGAAUUAGCGAAGAAACGAGAUGUUUCAUCUCUUGGCGCCGAAGAUCUUCCCUAUCUCCGUGAAAUACUUUUGGCGGGAAACAACGACCUUGGUGGUACAGUUUUGGGCGAGCUGCCAUUUUCUGAAAACUACGUGAAAAGACGUCUCCCACAAAAUGCUAAAAAUCGGAGGCCCUAUAAACGGAUUUCGCUAGGAUUGUACGCUCGUCGAGCUCCUCAUUACUCCCACAGCUUUGUGGGCAAAAGAUCUGAUUAUGAUUCCUAUACUGAUAGCUUGCCAGCGAAAGAAAGAAUGCAAAGAACAGGCUUUGGAUAUUCUCACAGCGUCAUUGGGAAAAGAUCAGCCCCGACUGUUUCGCUCCGUGAAAACAUCGACACACCAGGCACCAUCUACCAGACUCAGCCUGGAGUUUCUGAGCCUGGGACGCAGAAAAAUCCACAUCUGGGCGGUCCGUACGUCGCUGAAAAUCGGACAUUGCACACUGCUAGUGUUUCAUUGGGGAAAAGAUCCAUGGGAUAUGGCCAUAGGUACAUCGGGAAACGAACACUUCACGCUGCAGCUUCGUCGAUGGAAGACAGACGUGGAAGACUUGGCUAUUCUAGAGACGCUGGUCGCUUUGAUGCACUAGAAGCUGUCGAAGAUCGGCCUGCUGCACGCCUCAAAAAUGCAUACGGUUCUAACAAGCAACAGUUGCGGUAUAUCUUGGCAUCUUAUAACCAAAGCUCUAUAGAUAGACGCACCAGAUAUGGUCACCGAUUUGUGGGGAAACGAGAACAUGACCAUGACGAAAAUGUCCUAGAGAAACGUCCCAAAUAUGGCCAUAGUUUUAUAGGCAAACGUGAAGAUGGUGAUCAAAAUUCUAUAGAUCAAAAUUCUAUAGAUAAACGUCCCAGAUAUGGCCAUAGUUUUGUGGGAAAACGUGAAGAUGAUGAUCAAAAUUCUAUAGAUAAACGUCCCAGGUAUGGCCAUAGUUUUGUGGGAAAACGUGAUAAUGAUGAUCAAAGUUCUAUAGAUAAACGUCCCAGGUAUGGCCAUAGUUUUGUGGGAAAACGUGAUAAUGAUGAUCAAAGUUCUAUAGAUAAACGUCCCAAAUAUGGCCAUAGUUUUAUAGGCAAACGUGAAGAUGGUGAUCAAAAUUCUAUAGAUCAAAAUUCUAUAGAUAAACGUCCCAGAUAUGGCCAUAGUUUUGUGGGAAAACGUGAAGAUGAUGAUCAAAAUUCUAUAGAUAAACGUCCCAGGUAUGGCCAUAGUUUUGUGGGAAAACGUGAUAAUGAUGAUCAAAGUUCUAUAGAUAAACGUCCCAGAUAUGGCCAUAGUUUUGUGGGAAAACGUGAAGAUGAUGAUCAAAGUUCUAUAGAUAAACGUCCCAGAUAUGGCCAUAGUUUUGUUGGAAAACGUGAAGAUGAUGAUCAAAGUUCUAUAGAUAAACGUCCCAAGUAUGGCCACAGUUUUGUGGAAAAACGUGAAGAUGAUGAUCAAAGUUCUAUAGAUAAACGUCCCAGAUAUGGCCAUAGUUUUGUGGGAAAACGUAAACAUGAUGAUCAAAGUUCUAUAGAUAAACGUCCCAAGUAUGGCCACAGUUUUGUAGGAAAACGUGAAGAUGAUGAUCAAAAUUCUAUAGAUCAAGGUUCUAUAGAUAAACGUCCCAGUUAUGGUCACAGUUUUGUUGGAAAACGUGAUAAUCAUGAUCAAAGGUCUAUAGAUAAACGUCCCAGAUAUGGCCAUAGCUUU